CUGUACCAGUCUCCACUGUAGCAGGCCCUGUACCCCUCCCAGUCUCCACUAUAGAGGAGGGGGUGUCGUCUCACUGUGACAUGGCUGAGGAGCUGAGCCGCCAGCUGGAGAACAUCCUCAACACCUACUGCCUGGAGGACAACGGGGAGGACGGGGUUAACCUGCCCAACGGCCAAUCAUACUGCCCCGUGCUCAACGGCCUGGCCAAUGAGAAGGAGUUGGAUGCCAAGCCGGAGGAGGUCAAAGUGAACGCCGGCGGAGUGGAGAAAGUGAAGAUUCAAGAGAAGAAGAAGGUGAAGGGGCUGGGUAAAGAGAUCACCCUGCUAAUGCAGACCCUGAAUACUCUGAGUACUCCAGGCCUCUGUAAGAAGUAUGCUGAUCUGCUGGAGGAACGGCGGAACAAUCAGAAGCUAAUGAGGGUCCUGCAGAAGAAACAGUCUCAGCUGGUGCAGGAGACGGACCACCUGAGGAACGAACACAUCAAAACCAUCCUGGCACGCAGCAAACUGGAGUCACUCUGUCGGGAGCUGCAGAGACACAACCGCACACUCAAGGACAACGGGAUGCAGCGUGCGCGUGUGGAGGAGGAGAAGAGGAAGGAAGUGACAUCACACUUCCAGGUGACUCUGUUUGACAUCCAGGCCCAGGUGGAGCAUCAUGACGAGACGAAUACCAUUCUGAGGCUGGAGAACUCUGAGCUGGCAGAGAAGCUCAAGAAACUCAUCCAACAGUACGAACUACGAGAGGAGCACAUUGACAAGGUGUUCAAGCAUAAGGAACUGCAGCAACAGUUGGUGGAUGCUAAGCUACACCAGGCUCAGGGUUUGCUCAUAGAGUCAGAGGACCGCCAUCACAGAGAGAAGGACUUUCUGCUGAAGGAAGCGGCAGAGUCUCAGAGGAUGUGUGAGCUCAUGAAGCAGCAGGAGGUGCAUCUCAAACAACAGCUGUCCUUAUACACAGAGAAGUUUGAGGAGUUCCAGACUACUCUGUCCAAGAGCAACGAGGUGUUCACCACAUUCAAACAGGAGAUGGAGAAGAUGACGAAGAAGAUCAAGAAGCUGGAGAAGGAGACGACCAUGUAUCGUUCCAGGUGGGAGAGCAGCAACAAGGCCCUGCUGAACAUGGCUGAGGAGAAAACUCUGCAGGAGCGUGAGUUUGACAGCCUCCAGGGAAAGGUAGGGAGGCUGGAGAAGCAUUGCAACGAACGCAACGAACUCAGCAAGAAGGUACAGGGCCUUAGCGCCGGCCCAGAGGACGACACAAGCCCAGGAGAUGAAUCCACCUCCCUCGCCCCCAUAGACUCCCAGGUGCCCAGCCCAGACCCCGACACCACCACCCCUAGUUCCCCCACACCCUGCUGCCACUUCAGCCCAGAGUGGGACACUGAGAACCAGGCCUGUGGAGCCUCCCUCACUGCCCAGGAAUGAAACCUCUCGCCUGGGCAACAACGCUCACACUCUCCUCUUCACCAACCAACUUCCAGCCUGCAAGCCAAGCCACUAACGUAGGCAUUAAGAGUGUGGGUCUGUGUAAUUCCCUCAAGAAUAAGAUGAAGUUGUCCCUUAACCACAGAUCUGGAAUCAGUUUCCAUUUGGGUCCAUCCUAACUAAAAACCCAAUAGGGCGGCGCAAGAACCUGAUCCUGGAUUUGUAGUCGGGUAGCAGCUCCUACUUACUCUGGUUCCCCCCUGGAGAGUUGAAGGUGAUGCCAGUCGGGAGAUUGUGCCGCCUUGAAGGAUCUUAUCCUGCGUUUUUUUUUGUUUUUUUUUUGUCCUUUCCUUUGAGAACUCCUGUACGCAAUCUAAGGAAAGAGUGCGCCCCAAUUGGCACCCUAUUCCCUAAAUAGUGCCCUAUAUUUCACCAGAACCAUAUGGGAAUAGGCUGUGUCACAAUUGGCACCCUAUUCCCUAAAUAGUGCCCUAUAUUUCACCAGAACCCUAGAUGUUGGACCACAAGAGCAUUUAGUAGGUGUGUACGUGUCUCCAUCGGUCUUUCUUUUGUGUGUGUGUGUGUGUGUGUGUGUGUGUGUGUGUGUGUGUGUCCGUCAUACAGAGAUACAGUGAAGCAGCAGAUGUCUGGCCACAGCUGGACUUCAACCCAGAGCAUGUAGGGAUCAUCACAUUUUCAGUGCAAAGAUCAGUGUGUGUAUCUCUAGGUUGGUGAUGUCACUUUUUUCCCAUUCUGUUCUAGAUAUCAUUGUUUAUCCUAGAACCAGAGAUGCAGAGUGUUAAUGGAUUAUGUACGUAUUCUGUAGGAAUCUUGCGCAUUCGGUGGAUCUACAGAAAGUACCCUUUAACCAGGGGGUGUGUAAUGUCUCGGGAACCAACAGGAAGCUAAUAGGGGCAAACCAGGGAAGGGACUAAACUGAACUUGUCCAAUAUGAAACGUGUUUUCCAUUGCAAAAUGUUUCACUACAGUGUGCACUACUGAAUACACCCCAAGAAUAGAGGGAAUAGCCUUGUGUUUUGGUUUGUUUCUUUAUAUCAUGUUACACAGCAGAGUUUGUAGACUGUUCUUGAUAUGUUAUUUUAGCACGUGUGUCUAAUGGAGAAUCACCACUAUAUAUAGAUAUUAGUAAAAAAAAAAAAGAUUUAACUAAUUUAGAUUUUUUUUCCCCGUCAUCAUUCCCACAAUAUGCAUGCAUCCAUUCCACGCGCUCAUAUUCCUUGUUUUCCAAUGUCUUUCUACAACAUUUUUUUUAUUUUACUAGGCAAGUCAGUUAAGAACAAAUUCUUAUUUUCAAUGACGGCCUAGGAACAGUGGGUUAACUGCCUGUUCAGGGGCAGAACGACAGAUUGUGUCCCUUGUCAGCUUGCAACCUUUCGGUAACUAGUCCAAUGCUCUAACCACUAGGCUACACUGCCGCCCCGAUGGAAUGUUUUUUCAUGCUGCCUUUCCUUGCUAUCAUGAGCCAUGUAUAUGUUCAAGAUGUAAGAUUCCAUAACCACUAAAACAGAUACUGAAAUGUGUACUGACCAAGGUUGGCUACCAAUAAUGAAUGCCUGUGUGUGGGUGAGUGUACGUAUGUUAGCAAGAUUUGUUGAAUCACAACUCGGAUAGUUCGAUUUGUUAAUCAGGUGGAAGUAAUAAAAGAUUUUAACUGA